AUGACCAACGAUCCAGGCUUGAGGCUCAAGUUAGCCAAGGACUCGCUGGUUUCCUCACUCUUUGAGUUAUCCAAAUGUGCUGAUCACACAGCUUCUUCUCUCGUCGAAUUUUACAAUGCCAUCGGUGAUGAUGAAGAGGAGAAGAUCGAGGCAUUUACGACAUUGACUGAAGCUUUACAAAAAUUGGCAGGUGCUAGUAACCAAAUUAAUGGUAUUAGUGGCGAUUUAAUCAACCCAGUAGAAGAUGAAAAGGAUGCACUAAUCGGUGCACCAAGUCCUGGUAAGCCCACUGCAGCAAAGAAGAAGGCUGAAAGAGAUCCAAAUGCUCCAAAGAAACCAUUAACGGUUUUCUUUGCCUAUUCAGCUUUUGUUCGUCAAGAACUCCGUGAUCAAAGACAGAGAGCAGGUUUACCACCACUAUCUUCCACUGAAAUUACCCAAGAGAUUUCUAAGAAAUGGAAGGAAUUGAGCGAUGCUGAGAAAGAAAAGUGGAAACAAGCUUACAGUGUUGAAUUAGAGCACUAUCAGAUGGAAAAGCAAAAAUACUUGGAAGCUAAGAAGAAUGGUACUGCACCAUCAUCAUCUGAUGGACCAUCACAUGCUCCAAUUCCAAUUCCUUUCAACCUUCAACAUGAAGAUAUUCCAGAACCUCAACCACCAGUUCCUGAGAAGAGGUCUCAUGAGGAUCACAGUUCUGAAAAGAAGAAGAAGAAGAAGAAGAAGGACAAGAAGAAGGAUUUGAAUGCGUGA